AGGGUUACAUGGUAGAUUCUGGGCAGGAUGGUGUUUGGAGGGUCAGUAUGGACUCGAUGGAUCGAAUGCCCGGCUUCCGUACUCUGAGAAUUCUAUGAUACAUGCUGGUUGGGACAGUGCAGAGCUCCCCACCCUACUUUCUGCUCUUCCUUCAAUGCUGACAGCAGCUGUCCAGGUUCUGUCUCGGAAACAGAGCACCUCUGACAGUGCGGUCUUGAAAUAGCAUUAGAUUGGAGGCUGAACUGGGAGCUCGGAGUUUCAUGGUAUCUCUCUCUCCCUCUCCUCUGUAAAGUGAAGUUGAAGACGUGAAGAUUAAGGCUGAGAGACAAAAGCACAGUCCAGUGAACCCGCGGCUGAGAGUUUCUCUCUGCGUAGCAUCCACAACUUAUUGUUAAACAGGAAUUCGGCUGCUUCAGCACUCUGCAGGAUCAGUGACAGAGGCUGGAACACGGAGUGAGCAGUUCAUAUGAAAACACUGAGCAAGAGGCGAGUUAGCUCUCUGCAGCUCCCAGCUCCAACAGCUUGGAAACCCGGCAGGAAAGUUCCUCCUGUCACCAUUCCCGCUGGAGGUCUGCGGUUUCUGAGGGAUUUGAGCCGCAGGGUUUGGUCUGGUGAGAUCCCUGAGGCGGUGGAAGUCUCUCUCCGUGUGCACAUGGUUUGAGCAAGGCACUGGAAAUAAAAAAAAGUGAACACGAGGUCAUUGCAAACAUGGGGAAACGAAUGCUGGCCAAAGCAAGGGAGGGAACAGCAGAAACAACUGAUUGACGCCAAGCAACGAGGUAAAAGGGUCAGAGAAAAAAAAACUCACGGGAGAGAAACGCGAAAACGAACUGAUGCCAGGAAUGAGAGCUCAGAACCAGGAAGGAUCAAGCCGCAGAGGAAAAAGACAGAGAGAGCUCGGGGAGGAUUAAACUUCAGGAGAGAGAAGAGCACGUAAGACAUUAAAGAUAGCAUGCAAAGAGGCGAUGGGGAUAUACAAUCAGGCAGCAAUAAACAGGCAAAUACUAACUGGAUGAAAGCCCAGGGAGAAGUGGAGAUCCAGAAUAGAGAUAGAGGCAGGAAAAACGGUUCCGGUGCACUCUCUCUAUCUCUGUCAGAAAGCAGCGUUAAGCCAAUGAGCUAUCCCAGUGUUGGAGAUGUGGAAGUCUGAGGCAGCGGUGAGAGAUGUCUGCUCAGUGGCUCCCAGUCCUUGCAGCCGACAGAGUGGGCACUGUCGCUGUCCUUUCAGCACCAGCUCUGAACUCCGUACCCUGAGAGCAGCGGAUCACAGCCACAAGCGUCAGGCACUGAAAAUGAUCGCUCAAAGCUGCCUCCAGCCAGUAUUGUAGGAGAGUUCCGCGCACCGCACAGCACAGCACCGCCCGCCGUCAUCCUGCUGCUGUGGACGAACGGGACUUGCCUCUCCAACAAUGCUGAAGAGAAUGAACUCCUCACUCGGCUGCCCCUACUCCAGCUUGCCUUUGGUUGGACAUUUCACAGGACACAAUCUUUCCCUGUACGUCCCGGAUACUUCCAUGCAUGAGGACCUGGGCGACAUCCUGUUAACUAUCCGGGAGCCUCCCACUAUCGCCCUGACGGUGAUGUACACCAUCUCUUUCGCGGUUGGUUUGGUUGGGAACAUAAUGUCUAUCAAAGUACUGACCAACAAGCGGAACAAAAGGAUAUCUGGGGUCAGUGCGACUCGCAGUUUGCUCAUCAACCUGGCAGUCUGUGAUCUGAUGGUGGUCUGUGUGUGUAUGCCCACCACCCUGGGUUACCAGAUCUACAAAGCAUGGAUUUAUGGUGACUUCAUGUGCAGGGCUGCUCCCUUCACCCAGGCUGUGUCAGUGUCAGCCAGUGUCCUCAGCAUCACUGUUAUAAGUGUUCACAGGUACUAUAAUGUCCACGACCCCUUCAAUGCCAGAUCAUUCUUUACCUGGAGAAAAAUCUUUUGGAUUAUUUUCGUGGUGUGGUUGCUUUCGUCUGGAAUCUGCCUGCCUCUUAUUUUUACAAAUAAGUUGGAGGUGAUUGACCCUACAUUUGGGGUUCCUUUCUGCAGCGAGGUCUGGUCCCAAGUCAAGUUGAAGCAAGCCUACAAUUUUCUCCUGUUCUGUGCUCUCUACGGUUUGCCUGUGCUGUUUAAUUUAGUGAUAUGCUUUCUCACUUGGCGCAAACUGUGGAGCACAUCCAGUCACUUCAAAGACUGCGACUCCAGGAGUCAAUCCCUUCCAGCCUCAAGGUUGAAAAUUCGCAAAAAGAUUGCCAAAAUGGUGGUGGCUUUGGUGAUUCUGUUUGCCCUUUCAUGGUUACCUGUCUAUGUGGUGGAUAUCUGGCUAGAUUUCAACACUGAAGAUGUUUCACGGAGCGACAACACAUCUUCAGAGUGGAUCAUGCAUUUUAGACCAUUUGCUCAGUGGCUUGGUCUCACCAAUUCUUCCCUUAAUCCAAUCUGUUAUUGUUUUGUUGGAGACCUGUACAGGUCAGCAAAGGAAAUAAAGAACAAAUAUAGACGGACACUAGUUUCUCUCUUUAACUAUUCCUUGUCUGAAGGUUCCACAAAGUCAUCCAUACCCAGACUUCUUUCCUACAAAGAAUCUUGUCAGAAACCAACAAAGGAAUUCAACUUCAUCGAGUCAAAAGAAGAGAAAUGUAAGGAUUUUUGUUCCCCUCCUGGGAUUUGUGAGACAUCAUUAACUACCUGUCACCCUGUUUCAAAACCUAUUCUUGUAACUGCUGAAGAGAAGAUGAGAAACAGCAAGUACCCAAUAUAGUACUUGCAGUAGCUUGUUACUGUCAAGUUCACACUUUAUCACUGAUUAAUCCAUCAUGAUCAUUCCCAGUCCAUGAAACUAACCAAGGUCAGAAUUUAAGGCUUCAUUAGUUAUGCUCUCAGUCACUAAUAUUGAUUAUGCCAAGCCAAAGAUUGUGACCUGUGUAAACUUAUCAUGUCAGCCCAAGAUCUUCCAUAAUUAAUAGUAUAAAUUCCUUAUCUGUGAGUAUCCUAUCAUACACAUUAUUUUUCUUGCUGACUUUCUGUUCCAUGUUUGGUUAAGUGCUGACAUUCCUCCAGUCCCUCUCUUAAUUGGCCAUUGUUCCCAUAUCAGUUUAGAAAAUGGGUGGUGGUGUCCGAUCCAAUUGUUGGAACAAUGCAGUCGAGCCCAAUAUUAUACUUGCCUGACAUGAGGGACUGCGGAGAAACUAUGAGUAGGCAUGUUACCUGAUACUCUUUUCUCCCCCCAGCCCUCCAAUAUGCUAAUUGUAACUGCUUUCAUCAGGUAAUGUAGUCCAGAACUGAGCCCAGAAUCUUGUAGCCUUCUUCACUUAGUGCAACAACAUAGCACAUUGAAUUAAUAUUAAAAGGCAGUUAAAACCAUUGGCCACCAUACUGAUUUAUACCUUGUUAUCUGCAUUAACAAUGUUCAUGUUCAGUCUUAUUUUUACACUGAAUGCUUUCUGAUGCGUUGAUUAUUUACCAAAAUGAUCUGACAGCAUUGAUCUAGAGCAGAGUUCAUAAAUUUACUUGCUAACAAUUUGCUAAGUAUCCUCUCAAAAAAUUACACUAUGCAGUCUAUUUUCUUUGUCCUCUCCUGGAGAUUUUUAUUGAGAUUUGUCACAUUCAGUUCAGUACAUUGUCUAGGUCACUUACCUUUGUGUGUGAGUAUGGACAUUAAACGGUGUUGAACUAGAAAUGCUAGGGAUUUGAACUAGAAAUGCUAGGGAUCAUUAAAUGAUCCAAAUUCUGAUUUCGUUCAAUCUCCACAUACAUUUCAGCAGGUGGCAUUGGACAUUUCUCAGGAGUUGGGGAAUUUUGGAUUAAUCCUCAUUGAAAAUAUCCCUUUAGAGAACAAAGAGAGGGCCAGGUUUCUGUCAUUACAAUAUCUCAGUGAUAACCUGGCAGAACAGAUCAACCCUAGAUCUUGGAGAACAUUGAUCAUGAGGUAUGUCACACUUUAGCUAAGCCUCAGUGACCAGUGACAAUAAUAAUGUUAGUCCUUCAUAACAGAACCAUCUUCCAAAACAAAAAUAUAGUUUAUGACACUUAUUUACACAUAGUUCAUGACACAUUAGUGUAUGACACAUAAUAUAUUAUAAAUAUACACAGUGAGCAGGCAAAUGCGCAUAUUGGUAAAAAAUCAGAAAUAAUCUGAAAUAACAGACGUAGAGAAGCACUGAUACCUCACAGCGCCAGGGACCUGGGAUCAAUUCCACCCUAGGGUAACUCUAUGGAGUUUGCACAUUCUCCCCAUGUCUCUCUUCUGGGAGCUCCGGUUUGUGUAGGGAUGUGUCGGCUAGGUGGUUUAGCCAUUGGAACGGUGGGUUAUAGGGAUAGAGUUUAUCUGGGUUGGAUGGUCUUCAGAG